AUGGAUUUCGUCAGCCACACCGAAAUGCCGGAAAAUCUCACCGGGAAAAACACUCCGCCGGAAACAACCGAUUCAAAGGAUAUUAUCUCAGAAAACGAGAAAGAAGUGAACGAUUUAUCUGCUGCUGUUGAUGUCUCUCCGAGUCUUCACCUAAACCACAGCAACAAGGCUCCGAUUUCUCCGAGUCAGAUUUCACCGACUGACUCGGAGAAAUUUCUUGUUUCUUCGACCGAGAAUGAUUGCACAGAGGGGGAGAAGGUGAAAAAGUCUGUAAGAAUGAAGAAUAAUGGUGAGGACGAGUCUGAUGCUGCUAUGCCUCGAACAACGCCGUGUUUGAAGACUUGUCCAAGCGUUGGUGCGAGUCUUGAGAAGUUUCUCGAUCCUAUGGUGAGUAAUGGAGAGAAUAUUACUGGUUCUUCGGCAGUGAUGGACGAAGCGUGGGAGAGACUCAAGAAUUCGUACGUUUACUGCAGAGAUAAGGCCGUUGGAACCCUUGCGGCUUCAGAUACGAAUGCCGAGGCUUUGAAUUACAAUCAGGUGUUUGUGAGAGACUUUGUUCCUUGUGGCUUAGCAUGCCUAAUGAAAACUCCAGCCGAACCUGAGAUUGUGAAAAACUUCCUGUUACAGACCCUCCACCUCCAAGGCAGGGAGAAGAGGAUUGAUAACUUUACUCUUGCAGAAGGUGUGAUGCCUGCCAGUUUCAAGGUGCUAAAUGACUCAAAGCGCAAGAACGAUAUUUUGGCUGCUGAUUUUGGUGGCAUUGCAAUUGGAAGAGUUGCACCUGUUGAUUCAGGAUUCUGGUGGAUCAUUUUGCUAAGGUCUUACACAAAAUGCACACGAGAUCAUUCUCUAUCGGAAUUACCUGAAGUGCAGAGAGGAAUGAAGUUGAUACUCGAUCUUUGCCUGUCUGAUGGCUUUGACACAUUUCCAACCCUCUUAUGUGCAGAUGGGUGUAGCAUGAUUGACAGGAGGAUGGGAAUAUAUGGCUAUCCAAUUGAGAUCCAGGCGCUCUUCUUUUUUGCGCUAAGGUCAGCACAACAGAUGCUAAAACCAGAGCGAGAUGGGAAGGAGUUGAUUGAGCGGAUUGACAAGCGGAUUGCUGCUCUCAGUUAUCACAUCCAAAACUAUUACUGGCUUGACUUUACGCAACUGAAUAACAUUUACCGUUACAAAACUGAGGAAUACUCCCACACGGCUGUAAACAAGUUCAAUGUCAUCCCUGAAUCUAUCCCAGACUGGCUGUUCGAAUUCAUGCCAUUGCGCGGGGGAUAUUUGAUUGGCAAUGUCAGCCCUGCUCGCAUGGACUUCAGGUGGUUCCUAGUUGGGAACUGUAUUGCUAUCUUGAGCUCUUUAGUCACACCAGUACAAGCUACAGCCAUUAUGGAUUUAAUUGAGGAGCGCUGGGCUGACUUGAUUGGGGAGAUGCCUCUGAAAAUUGCAUACCCAGCUCUGGAAGGCCACCAGUGGAGGAUUGUCACCGGAUGUGACCCAAAGAACACACGCUGGAGUUAUCAUAAUGGUGGAUCUUGGCCAGUUCUGCUAUGGCUACUGACAGCAGCCUGCAUCAAAACUGGAAGGCCACAAAUUGCAAAGAGAGCAAUAGAAGUAGUGGAGCAGCGCCUCCCCAAAGAUGGGUGGCCUGAGUACUAUGAUGGUAAGACUGGGUGUUACAUUGGGAAGCAAGCAAGGAAGUACCAGACAUGGACUAUUGCAGGGUAUUUGGUUGCAAAACUCAUGAUAGAGAACCCAUCCAACCUCGUCAUGAUCUCUCUUGAAGAGGACAAAAAGAUAGCGAAGCCAAGGCUUACACGCUCCACCUCGUGGACCUGUUAG